AUGGCCAAAAAAAAGACAGCCACAAAGACUACCAAAAAGUGGAGAUAUUCAUCUUUUAAGGCCAAGAUCGAUGACCUUCAUAUUGAGCCUGCUAGAAAUUUAUCCAAGAGGGCACAUGACUACGUAGAGACUUCUCAUUUCCUUGCAUCAUUCGACCAUUGGAAAGAAAUUAAUUUAAGUGCCGUUUUUACUGAUUUUGUCAGAGAAAUUGAGAAUAUCAUUCAAACUUUACCUCAAAUUUUGUAUCAUCAAGAUAAAAUUUUCCAAAAUAUUGUAUCUGGUAUUAAAAAAUAUGAUACUUAUUCCUUACAACCUUUAUUAGACCUUUUAGCUCAAUUUUGUCAUGAUUUGGGGCCUGAUUUUAUAAAAUUCUACAAAGAUGCAGUAACAUGUCUAAUUUCGCUAUUGGAUGAGGCUGUUAAAUUUGAAAAUACUAAUGUAUUUGAAUGGGGUUUUAAUUGUUUGGCUUAUAUCUUCAAAUAUUUGUCUAGAUUACUUACAGCGGAUCUAAAACCUACUUUCGAGUUAUUAUUUCCUUUAUUAACUCAUUCUAAAGAAUAUUUAUCAAGAUUUUCUGCUGAAGCUAUGUCUUUUUUGAUCAGAAAGUCAACAUCCAAGAAUUUACUCAAUUUCGUGGCAUUCUCACUCAAAAAUCUAGAUGAUAAGAAUGAUUCCUCAUAUUACAAUGGUCUUGUAACACUGUUUACAGAGUCAUUAACCACGACACAAGAAUCGUUACAUUCCAAAUCUAAAUUGAUUAUUAGUUCUAUCAUUCAGAAUGCUCUAUCAAAGGAUUCUUCUGAGCCUUGUGUUUCUAUAUUAUGUGAUGUUUGGCUAAAUAUUGCAAGUUUUGCAUCUGCAGAAAAUAUGGAACAGAUUUAUGAAGAAGCUGAAACAUAUUUGAACGAUAACGUUGAUUCUUUAAAUGUCAACAAUGCUAUUAAAUUCAUAACAGCGUUAGUAUUUGCUGAAAGCGGUAAAAAAGUUAAUGAUUGGUCCCAAAUUUCAAAUUUAGUUCAAAAAGUAUGUAUGGAUAAGUUUGAUUCGACCAUUGAUGCCAAAUAUUAUUCUGUUUUAUUUGCUGUUUUAUUCCGUAAUUGUGAUAUGCAAAACUUAACUCAGAUACAUAAAAGAAUAUUUGACUUUUAUCUACAAAAUAUUCCUACACACUCCCUUGAAUUUUUUAGAUUUGCCUUAGAUUUUGCUCCAGAAAAGUUUAUUACUUUUAACGGUAAUAAAUACGUACAAAAAUACGUACAAGAUAAUUUGUCUACACAUCCAAAAAAGAUAGCUUUAUUUUUCCUAGAAUUAGAAUCUAAUCCAGGAUUGAGCUCAAAAUUAAAUAUUGUAAUCCCUGAAAAUUAUUCUACCCCAAUAUUUGAUUCAUUGCUUAAAUUCGCUAAAAUUACUAGCCUAGACGAAAUCUAUGACAUUUAUUGUAAUUUACUUUUAUUGACAAAAUUUACAUCGAGAAAAAAUGAUAGAUUGUUAUCCUUGUUGAACUCAUUAUUAUCGUCGCAUCUAUUAGAAAACGAUUUCGUUAAAGAUGUAUGUGGUUUAAAUCUGAUGCUACUUGAGCAUGAUGAUAGCAUUAGCUCUGCCAUGUUAGAAAAUCUUCUAAGAAAUAUUGAUAUUCUUAAAUCAAGUAAAAAUGUAUUAAAGGGUUUACAAUCUCUUCUAAGUACUAAUAAAACAGAUCCAUCAAUAAUUGCGACAUUAAAACAAUACCCGAAUCUUAUUGUCAGUCUAUCCGAUAAUUUAUGUUUUCCUGACUCUAGUUUUCGUUAUGAAACUUUAAAUUUAAUUAUUUUACUUUUACAAAUUUCAGAAAAAGAAGUUCCUCAAAUUCUAAAUGAUUGUAGGAUUAUUGAACAGAUUCCAUUAUCAUUACAAAAUGCUCGUGAUAUAACUGUUAGAAUUAGAAAUAUGGGAACUAAUUUUGUUAACUCUAAAUCGAAUAAAUAUGUUACCAAUGUUUUCUUUAAGCAUAUGUUUGGUCUCUUGACUAUCAGAUUUUCUCCAGUAUGGGAGGGUAUCUAUGAGAUCCUUCCUAAAAUCUAUAGCAAAAAUAGUGAUUUAAUGUGGAAGUUAAUAUACAGACUAACUGUUGUGCCCGAUGAUAAUUUUUCUCUCGAUUACUACGACAAAUUUAUGGACUGUGACUCCAACUCGGAUAUUUUUGAAAUUUCUGCUCAACAUUUCAAUACCGUUAUUAAUGACUUUAUGAAAGUUUGGACACCUUUUAAUUAUGAGGAUUCAUCUAUUAUAAAACUUUCAGAAGAGGCUAGAGGUACUCUAAAAUUUCCCCCUCAAAUCAGAAGUCAAGCACUAAAAAUAAUGUUAUUGAUUCCUCAGCUUACUGAGCAUAAUUCAAAGGAUAUAGUACCAUUUUUAUUUGAUGAUUUGGAAUAUAAAAAAAUAUUUAGAAUAUCUGAUGAUAAGCUUGAUGCAAAAUUCACCUCUGCCACCUGGGUAGAUGCUGAUAGAGAUGCUCUCUUAAAAGUUAUCAGUAAAUUUAAAAAUAUAAAGAGUAUAUUUAAGUCCAAAGAGGUAUACUCUAGGCUUUUAGUACUUCUGGGAAGCCGAACUACUGAUAUCCAGUUACUUGCAUUAGAUGGGUUAUUGGCAUAUAAAGAUCCAAUUAUGGUAAAGUAUAGAGAUAAUUUGCGUAAUUUGUUAGACGACAACUUAUUUAAAGAUGAGAUAACGGUUUUUAUGGCUAAUGAUGAAUCAAGAAUUAUUGAGGAUGCAGAUGAGGCUGUAUUGAUGCCAAUUGUUUUGAGAAUCUUAUUUGGUCGUGCACAAACUUCUAAUGCAGGUGGGAGUAAAAAAGGACGUAAAAUUGCUGUUAUUUCUAUUUUACCUACUUUAAAGAAAGAACAUAUCAUUGAGUUUCUCAAGCUUGGUAGCUCUGGAUUUGACUACGCGUAUUUUUUUAACAAUGAGUACGUUAUCGAUCCUUCAGAAGUCUCUAUUUCAUCAUUAAGACGUAUGACAGGUUUUGUUACUGUUUUAAACUUAACAUUAACCGUUUUAGGUACCAAUUUCCCUGAAGUACUAGAAACGACAUUACAUCCUUUAUUAUAUUCGAUUGGUGCAUCAUAUUAUUCUCGUUCUGCUACAGAAAUGGAAGGACAUGUUGAUAAAAUUAUCUCUAAUCUGAGACAGCAAUCACUAAAGGCCUUAAACAGUAUAUUUCAAAACGUUGGGGAUAAAAUUGAUUGGAAAAAGUAUAUUGAUGACAUUGAGAAUGUUGUCCUUAUCCCUCGUUUAGAAAAUUUUGAAACAGAAAAUCUCCAAAGCCCUUCAUCCAUUAUGAAUAUGAUAACAUACUGGGCAUCGAAUAAAUUAUUUUAUUCGUUCUUAUAUUAUAAAAAUUAUUCUAUUAUUAAUGAAUUGAUGAAAAUACUAUGCAAUCCUAAAGCAAAAGAAAGUGUUAUACAUGUAAUUCUUGUGGCAGCUAAUAAAAUUGUCAAAAAUUCAGCAUCUGAAGAUGAAUACGUGGAAUUAAUUGGUAUUAUUGCAUCUGUGUGCCUAAAAGUUUUGCCUGAACUAUUUGAAAGACUAGAAUCAAGUGAAACUCUUGCUGUUGCUACCGAUCUAUUACUAUCGAUGACGGAAUCAGGUUAUAUUCAAGAUGACGAAACUAGAAGCUAUUUAAUUAAAUCUUUAACCCUAAUUAUUCAAGAAAAGAUUAAGAGUGUUUCAAUGCCAGACAUAACUAAAAUGUUAAAAGUAUUAUCAACUUUAGUACGUGAAUACAACUGCCCUUGGAAAGAUAUUGAACCUCUCUACAAAUCUAUCUCGUCUUUAUACAGAAUAUACCCUCAAAAGGAUAUCAGAAUUGCUAUUGGUUCAAUAUUUACUGGUUUGUGUUCCAACUUUCCGGAAAUGAAGAAAGUUGCAGAUUUACUUGUUGAUUUAAACUCAUACUCUAAUAAACGUAUGGAAGAAUAUGAUUUCCAAAAAAGAUUACUUGCGUUCAAGACCUUCUUAGAUGACACAUGUAUGAGCUUUACCGAUAUCGAAUGGCUACCUGUAUUAUAUAAUGCGUUAUUCUUUAUUAAAGAUAAAAAUGAGCUAGUCAUCCGAACCAAUGCUACUCAUGUGUUAAAAAAAUACAUUGAUUUUAUUAACUCUCAUGACUCAAUGGAAGCCGCUGAAAAUUCAGUAUCAGUUUUAAAAACCGUUAUUCUUCCGGUUAUUCGUACUAGUUUAAAGACAAAUAUUGAAGAGCUUUUAACAGAAUACAUUUCUGUUAUGGCAUAUAUUGUUGAAAAUAGUAAAUUUUAUGAUGAACUCUCGGAUAUGAAAAUUUUACUAUACAAUGGUGAUGAAGAAGCUAACUUUUUCAUAAAUAUUAAUCAUAUCCAAUUACAUCGUCGUCAAAGAGCCAUUAGAAGAUUAAAGGAAAGUGCAUCUAAACUUUCAGAUAAUAGUGUGGCUCAUUAUUUGUUUCCUAUCGUUGAAAACUUUGUUUUUAAAGAAGGAGAAAAGUACGAGAGUGUUUCUAACGAAGCUCUAGUCACAAUUGGUGUAUUGUCAAAUUCGUUAAGUUGGAAUCAAUAUAAGGCUAUAAUUAGGAGAUAUAUCGGUUUAUUAAAGUCAAAACCGGAGCAAUUGAGGGUUGUAGUAUUAUUAGUGACACGAAUCUCGGUUAGUUUGAAGAAUACUCUUCAGUCUUUGAGGGAUGUCGAUACAUCCCUUCCUGUAUUAAAAAAGUUUCCUACUAAAUUAUCUGAACCUGAUAGUUUCGUGAAAAAUGAAAUAUACCCUACGUUGGUGAAAAUUCUAGAUGUAAUGGACCCUGACACAAUUAUCUUUAGAACACCAUUAGCAGAAGCUUUGGUAAAUCUUACAUUAGGUCUUACUAAGGAAGAUACAAUCAGUUUACUGCCUGGUAUUUUAACGAGUAUUUGCCAAGUUUUAAGAAGUAAGUCAAACGAUUUACGUGAAGCUAUUAGAAAAACUCUUACAAAAAUCACCGUUAUUUUGGGGUCUGAAUACUUACCUUUUAUUAUUAAGGAAUUACUAUCAGCCUUGCAAAGAGGUUCGCAAGUGCACGUUUUAAGUUUUACUGUUCAUCAUAUUUUGAAAGCUUUAGAAGAUACAAUCCAACAUGCAGAUUUAGAUGAUUCAGCCUCUUUGAUUGUAAGAGUGAUUAUGGAGGAUAUAUUUGGUGCUACUGGUGAAGAGAAAGAUGCAGAAAACUAUCAUUCAAAAAUGCUAGAAGUCAAAGUUAACAGAAGUUAUGACACAGGUGAAAUGUUAGCCUCGAAUAUUUCUUUACCAAUUUUCUCCACUUUAAUUCGCCCAAUAAAACUAUUAUUACAAGAGAGAAUGAAACUAAAAAGUCAAAAUAAGUUAGCAGAACUUUUAAGGAGAUAUGCACUCGGUUUGAACCAUAACUCUGACUGUUCAUCUAGUGAUGUCUUAACAAUGUGCUAUGAAAUUUACAAAGAUUCAAAUGUCAAAAAGACCCAAAAUAGAAAGCCUAAGGAGUCCAAGAAUGAAACAGAAGAAUUCUUUUUAGUAGACUUAAAUUUUAAAAAUACAAGAGUUGAAAACGAAACUUCUCUACAAUCGUUCGUCUUGAAAAAGUUUGCUUUAGACUUAUUACGUACAGUGAUUGUUAGACAUCGUGUGUUAAUGACUACUGAAAAUAUGGAAGGGUUUAUUCCAUUUUUGAAUGAAUCUCUGAAAUCUGAAAACGAAGGAAUAAUGAUCAGUACCCUACGUCUGUUAAUAAUUUUAGUGAAAUUAGAUUUUUCCAGUGAAUCGGAACCUAUUUUCAAAAAUUGUGCCAUAACUGUUUUGAAUAUUAUUAAAGACUCACCAUCUACGUCCUCCGAAUUAUGUCAGAUGGGUUUGAAAUUUUUCUCAGCAUUUAUUCGUUAUAAAGAUAUCGAAUUAAAAGACAGUGCAUUGAGUUUUAUAUUAAAGAGAAUUCUUCCAUAUUUGAAUGAGCCACAAAGACAAGGUCUUGCCUUUGGGUUCUUAAAGGCAGUAAUCUCUAAGCAUAUAAAAUUGCCAGAAAUAUAUGAUGUUGUUGAUACAGUUCGUGAAAUUAUGAUCACUAAUCAUUCCAAAGAAAUCAGAGAUGUUUCCAGAAGUGUGUAUUAUCAAUUUUUGAUGGAAUAUGAUCAAAGUAGAGGUCGUUUAGAUAAGCAAUUCAAAUUUAUGGUCGAUAAUCUUCAAUAUCCAGCUCCAGAUGGUAGACAAUCUGUAAUGGAAUUAAUCAAUUUGAUUGUAACAAAGGCAAAUGUCGCUCUUUUGGCUAAAUUAUCGUCCUCUUUCUUUGUUGCAUUGGCUAGUGUCUCAUUUAAUGAUGAUGUUCCAAAAUGUCGUGAGAUGGCCUCUAUAUUAUUACAACAUUUGUUGGGGAAACUUGAUGAUUCCAACAAGCAGACUAUUGAAAAAUAUAUUUCUGCCUGGUUAAGGAAUUCAGGAGAUGUUUCCUUUUUGAAUUUAGGUUUAAGAAUUUAUAAAAUUUAUCUGGUAGCUGUUGGAUUUGAUGGGAAGGUAUCAUUAAAUGAUGUGGCAUUAUCGAAAAUAAAGGGUGUUUUAUCCAACACUGGUGUUGGCUCUGAUUCAGAAUGGGACUUAAUCUAUACAUCAUUAAAUGCCUUCCAACAAUUAAUUGAGUGUAAUGUUUCUAUUUAUCAAGAAAGUUUUAAAUCGAUCUGGAGAAAUUGUAUUAAUUGUUUGUUAUAUCCACAUUCUUGGGUACGUCAAUUAGCAGCUAAUAUUAUUAAUAUUGCAAUUAAUAGUCAAGACAAAUUUGAAGAAAAAUUUACGGAUGUCGAAAUUCAAAAAAUUGCUUCAAGAGUAUUACGUCAAAUUAGUGCACCAAAUAUUCCAGAGAAUCUAUCUAGUAUCAGUAUUAAGACAUUAGUUAAAAUUGCCAUGGUUUGGAAAGAUAAUAAUGCACCAUAUAUUAUUGAAAAUAAAGAAGAAAGCAAUAAAGGACAAUCUUAUGAGAAUGCUAUUGAUUUUAUGAUUUCAAGAACAAGUUCUAUUAUUAGAAGUGAAGAAAAUCCUCAGGAUUUCUAUUUAUCUAAGAAGACUGGUCUACAAUUUUUUGCUUUAUUAAUUCAAAUAAUUGAUGAGCAUGAUAUGAAAACAUAUGUGGAAAAAAUCAUAUUAGCAUUAUAUAAUUACACUGAAACUGAUAAUAAGGAACAUCUCACUGAUGAGCAAGAAGAAUUAAGGAAUUUGGCAACUGAGUGUAUGCAAUUACUUGAAAAGAAAUUAAAUGUUUCAGAUUUUACCAUGGCAUAUGCUAAUGUCAAGCAAAUUGUCAUUGAUAGAAGAAAGGAAAGAAGGGCAAAAAGGGCUAUUUUGGCUGUGAAUGCACCAGAUGUUGCCUCUAGAAUAAAAUUGAAGAAACAUUUCAGAUCUAAAGAGAAGAGAAAACAUGAAAAGGAUGAAAACGGUUAUUAUCAACGUAAGAACAAGAAAAAGAGAGUUUAG